AUGCCGGGAUUUGAGGUGUUUUCGGGGGUCAUUUCCACCUGUCCUGGGAGUGACCAGGGGUCACCUCACCCGCCCUGGCAGUGCCCAGGGGCCAUCCCGGCCAUUCCCGAGUUGCCGAGUUGCCGUUCCCACCCCAGGUUGAGCAGCCUCUCCUCGUCCCUGGGCGAGUCCCCCUCGGAGCGAAGGUCCCCCGGCCACCACCGGCAGCCCUCGGACGCCUCGGAGUCCACAGGGCUGGUGCAGCGCUGUGUCAUCAUCCAGCGGGACCAGCAUGGCUUCGGCUUCACCGUCAGCGGCGACCGCGUGGUGCUCGUGCAGUCCGUGCGGCCCGGUGGGGCUGCCAUGAGGGCCGGCGUGCAGGAGGGUGACCGCAUCCUCAAGGUGAACGGGACGAUGGUGACCAACAGCUCCCACCUGGAGGUGGUGAAGUUGAUCAAGUCCGGUGCCUACGUGGCCCUGACCCUGCUGGGGUCCCCCCCCGGCUCCGUGGGAAUUCCGGGAUCCCAGCAGGAGCCGGAGCCCCCGGGGUGUCCCCAGGGGCCCCCCCAGCGCAUCACGGAGCCCCGGCCCCUGCAGGACCCCGAGGUGCAGAAGCACGCGGCGCAGAUCCUGCGCAACAUGCUGCGCCAGGAGGAGGCCGAGCUGCAGCGCUUCCAGGAGCUGCUGCAGCGGCAGCCGGGCGCGGCGCUGGAGGAGCAGCUGGAGGGGGCGCGGCGCCGGCUCAGCCAGCUGCAGCUGAAGGUGCUGCAGGAGGCGCGCGGAGCCGCGGAUUUGGGCUCCCGGCCCCUGGAAGGGGAGGCUCCCCGGGGCUCCCCGCAGCUCCCGGGGCGUUUCCCCAGGGAUCCCCAGGAUGGGGACCCAGGGCUGGAAUCCGCAGAGGUAUCCCGGAAUUCCGGCUUUUCCGAGCCCGGCAGCCCCCGGAGCUCCCCCGUGCUCGGCUCCCGCCUCUCCACGGAUCCGGGAUCGGGGAGGCCCCAGAUCAUCGGCCCUGAGGAGGAUUGCGAGCCUGGCAGUGGCAGCAACGAGAGCGAUUCCGUGUUCCAGGAUUUGGGAAUUCUCAAAUCCCGCCCGGCCCAUUUGGGAGUUUUCCUGAGGUUCCUCUUCUCCCAGGCCGAUCCCACUCCUCUGCUCUUCCACCUGUGCUCCGAGGUUUGCUGCCAGCAGAGCCCCCGGGAGAGCCGGGCCCUGGGCAGGGACAUCUGGAACGUCUUCCUGGACAGGGUGGCGCCCCUGCGGGUGAAGCUGCCGGAGCAGCUCCUGGCCGAGAUCGAGCUGCGCCUGCGGAACGGCGACGAGCUGCGGCCGGCGCUGCUGGAGGCGCAGGAAUUCCUCAUCCCGGAAAUCCAGGAGCAGCUCCAGGACUACAGGACGAAGCGCACGCUGGGGCUGGGCAGCCUCUACGGGGAGAACGAGCUGCAGGAGCUGGAGCUGGGGAACGGCCCCCGGGAGCCGCGGGAACGCCGGGAGCGCGAGCGCGCGCUGGCCGAGCGGCAGCUGGGACACCUCGGGGACAUCCUCUCCAAGUACGAGGAGGAGCGGAGCUCUCCCAUGGCCUUCGCCCUCAGCACCUUCAUGGCCCACGCCGGGAUCCGGCCCCGGGAAUUCCGGGAAUCCCGGGAAUCCCGCAACCCCGGAGCCUCCGAGAAGCUGCCGGACAAGGACAAGUGGCUGCCCUUCUUCCCCAAGGCCAAAAAGAGCAGCAGCUCCAGGAAGGAGAAGGAGCAGAGGCAGAACCCGAUCCUGAAAUACAUCGGGAAACCCCGGAGCUCCUCCCAGAGCACAUUUCAUGUCCCCCUGUCCCCUGCGGAAGCAGUGAAGCCGGGGAACGUCCGGACCAUGAUCCAGCACUUUGAGAACAGCCACGGGGAGCCCCCGGAGCCGGGCUCGCAGCGCCUCUCCACGGGCAGCAUUCCCGAGGAGCUGCUGGAGCCCGACGGCUCGCGCUGCGAGGUGCGCCUGGGCCGCUCGGAGUCGCUGAAGGGGCGGGAGGAGCUGCGGCGCUCGCGGCGCGCCGAGCUGGUGCCGCGCUCGCGCAGCGACGUGGACAUGGACACGGGCAGCGAGCCCCCCCGGCUGCACUCCGCCUCCUCCUCCGCCUCCAGCCUCUCCAACAGAUCCCUGGAAAAUCCCACCCCCCCCUACACGCCAAAGAUGGGGCGCAGGAGCAUGGAUUCUCCCAGCCUGGGCUUCGGGGCCGACCCCUUCCUCCCGCACCUCCUGGAGGACGAGCAGGGCCCCGUCCCCGACCUGGAGCCGGACCCCGACCCCCAAAAUCCCCAAAAUUCCCAGGCCAGCUCCCAGAGCUGGCAGCAGAAUUCCCAGAGCUGGCAGCACUCGGUGAGCCGGGAGCUGCUGGCCAGCCUGCCCCAGCGGGAGGUGGAUCGCCAGGAGGUCAUCAACGAGCUGUUUGUCACCGAGCUGUCCCACCUGCGCAUCCUGCGCGUUCUGGAUUUGCUUUUCUUCCAACGCCUGCGCCGGGAGCAGCUGCUGAGCCGGGAGGAGCUGGGGCUGCUCUUCCCCAACCUGCCCGACCUCAUCGACGUGCACAAUUCCCUCUCGGAAUCCAUGCGGAAGCUCCGGGAGGAGCAGGGACCCAUCAUCGCCGAGAUCGGCGACCUCAUGCUGGCCCGGUUCGAGGGCGCUGCCAAGGAGGAGUUCCAGCGCGUGGCCGCCGCCUUCUGCUCCUCGCAGUCGGUGGCGCUGGAGCUGAUCCGCACCAAGCAGCGCAAGGAGAGCCGCUUCCAGCUCUUCAUGCAGGAGGCCGAGAGCAACCCGCAGUGCCGGCGGCUGCAGCUGAAGGACCUGCUGAUCGCCGAGAUGCAGCGCCUCACCAAGUACCCGCUGCUGCUGGACAACGUCAUCAAGUGCACCCCGGCGGGCUCCCCGGAGCAGCAGAAGCUGCUGCGUGCCCGUGACCAGAGCCGGGAGGUGCUGCGGGCGGUCAACGAGGCGGUGCGGCGCGCCGAGAACCGGCAGCGCCUGCGGGAGCACCAGCGGCGCCUGGACACCUCGGCGCUGGAGAGGACCAGCAACCCCCUGGCCGCGGAAUUCCGGAACCUGGACCUGACCUCACACCGGAUGAUCCACGAGGGACCCCUGGCCUGGAGAGUGGGCAAGGACAAGAGCGUGGACCUGCACGUGCUGCUGCUGGAGGAGCUGCUGGUGCUGCUGCAGCGCCAGGACGAGCGCUGGCUGCUCAAGUGUCACAGCAAGGGCGGCCUGGGGGGAGCCCCGGACACCAAGCAGAGCUUCAGCCCCGUGCUCAAGCUCAGCUCGCUGCUGGUGCGCUCCGUGGCCACAGACAAGCGCGCCCUGUUCAUCAUCUGCACCUCGGAGCUGGGACCCCAAAUCUACGAGCUGGUGGCACUGACGUCCUCGGAGAAGAACACGUGGAUGCAGCUGCUGGAGCAGGCUGUCCAAGGGGCCACCAGGAGCCUCCCGGGGCCACCAAAACAGGGACAGAGCGAGGCCAGCGGGGACGGGGCCGCCAGCCUGCUGCUGCCGGACCCCGCCGUGUCCCCAGAGCUGGCCCGGGACACCGAGCCCGAGGAUUGCUCCUCAGGUAUGCUGGGCCUCCCCUGUCCCUGUCCCCUCCUCCCGCCCCCGGGGGGUCCCGGCCCCGUCCCGGGAAUCCCCAAAUCCCUGGGAAGCGCCGGAGUGGCCGAGGCAGCGCUGGAGCAUGUGGAGACCCUGCGGCUCCUGAUUGUCCGGCAGCUCCGGGAUCCCCGCCUGUCCGGGUGGGAAUUCCCCGCGUCCGGCCGGGAAUUCCCAACAUCCGGCCGGGAAUUCCCCACGUCCGGCCGGGAAUUCCCAACGUCCGGCCAGGAAUUCCCCACGUCCAGCCAGGACUCGGCCGCGUCCAGCCGGGAUUCUGGGACGUCCAGCUGGGAAUUCCCAACGUCCAGUCAGGAAUUCCCAACGUCCAGCCAGGAAUUCCUGGUGUCCAGCCAGGAUUCUGGCAUGUCCAGCCAGGAAUUCCCAAAGUCCGCUCGGGAAUUCCUGAUGUCCACUCGGGAAUUCCAAAAGUCCAGCCGGGAAUUCCCGGUGUCCAGCCAGGAAGGGCCGGAGGGGCCGGAGCCCAAUGGGAUCCGAAUCAACCGGAAAGCCCAGGAGGAGGGGCCGGAUGAGGCCACGCCCCCGCGCGGCUGCAGCCAAUCAGAGCCCGAGCUGCGGGAAGGAGGCGGAGCCAGCGCCGAGGGGAAUUUCUUCUACCUGAGCCUCCCCACGGGACCCCCCCGGCCGGGAGGGGACGUCGGGGACAGCCCUGGGGACAGCGGGGACCCCCCCCGGGCCCCCCCCGGGGACACGGAGCUGAUCCUGGGGACCCUGGAGGAGCUGCGGGGGAAACUGCUGAGCCUCAGGGCCAUGGAAGCCGCUCACCGGCAGCUGCUGCGCUCGCUGCGGGGGGGCGACGCCGCCGUCCCCAGUGUCCCCAGUGUCCCCAGCAGCGUCCCCAGUGUCCCCAGCAGCGUCCCCGGGCGGGCCCCGCCGCCCCCCAGUCCCCAGAGCUCACCCCACGCCCCGCGGGGACACGGUGGUGGCACCGCCCCCCACGGCACAGGCUCCGACGCCCCCGCCCACCUUUAACUCGGAGGGGGGGGAUGGGCUGGAAUUUCCCUCCCCUCCCCCAGACCCCCGGAAGAUUUUCCAGGGAAUUCCGGCCGGGAAUUCCUCCCGGACGGCCGGACAGACGGACAAAUGCACUUUGUUGGGAAUUCCCCCUUUUCCCUCCAAAAAACCCCUAUAAAUAUGUACGUACGCCCCUCCCCCACGCUGUAAAUACCCCCGGUGUCCCCUCCCCCCUCCCGGUGACAAUCGGGGGUGACACGGUGACAAUCGGGGGGGUGGCACCCCCAAAAUCCCGGGAUUUCCCCCCAAAACCCAGGUUUUCCCCAAAUCCCGGGGUUUUUCCCCCCGAUCCCGGAUUUUCCCCAAAUCCCGGAUUUUCCCCAAAUCCCGGGGUUCCAUAUAAAUAUUAUAAAUAUCAGAGCCCGGGGGGCUGAAGCUGGGAA